CCUCGUCCUAUAGGUUAUGUUAUGUUAUUUGCCGGACAGUCUUAGCAAAAUUUUGAGAUCUCUUGUUUUUCUAUGGUUAAAAUAUUAUUACAUAGCCAGUUAUUUUUUAUUAGUGAGGUUGUUGUAUCUUUAUUUCACCCAUUUAUGUACUACUGUGUUUUCAUAAAGUUAUAUUUUAUUUGUAUUGUCGAGAAGUAAACACUAUGCCCACUUGGAAUCAAAUACAAUCACAACUCAGAAAUCCUAAUAAUCCUGUUGUUUUUUUCGACAUUACCGUUGGCACGACGGAAAUAGGACGAAUGAUAUUUGAAUUGUUUGCUGAUGUAGUACCAAAGACAAGUGAGAAUUUUAGGGAAUUUUGUACAGGCGAAUACAGAAGAGAUGGAGUACCACUUGGAUAUAAGGGGGCGACGUUUCACAGAGUUAUCAAAGAUUUCAUGAUACAAGGUGGAGAUUUUGUCAAUGGUGAUGGUACUGGACUGAUGAGCAUCUAUGGUGGAAGUACAUUUGCAGAUGAAAACUUUGCAUUAAAACAUGAUUCUCCAGGACUACUCUCAAUGGCCAACAGUGGCAAAGAUACAAAUGGCUGUCAAUUCUUCAUAACAUGUGCUAAGUGCAACUUCUUAGAUAAUAAGCAUGUAGUGUUUGGAAGAGUCAUCGAUGGAUUAUUAGUAAUGAGGAAAAUUGAAAAUGUACCCACUGGUCCAAAUAAUAAGCCUAAAAUCCCUGUAACAAUAUCACAAUGUGGCCAAAUGUAAAUAAAGCUUAGA